AUUCAUAAAUGUGAAUUUGUGUUAAUGAGUAAUGAUCAUUCUAAGUUCGAUCAUUGGGCUAGUAACUACUAACUAUAGUUAAUAUUUACUAAUAGGUUGUUUGUAGUGUAUUUGUAUUAACUGUUAUUUACAGUAAAACGUAAAUUUUAUCUUAAUUUUUAAUACUUAAAAAAACAAUAAUUUUAAAAUGGCUCCCAUCGUACCUAGUGGACAGUAUGAUUUUGAUCUUUUAGUAAUAGGCGGAGGAUCUGGUGGUUUAGCAUGUGCUAAAGAAGCAUCAAGCUUUGGAAAACAAGUAGUAGUUUUAGAUUUUGUUAUUCCAUCAGAGAAAGGUACCACUUGGGGAAUAGGUGGUACAUGUGUUAAUGUUGGUUGUAUACCUAAAAAACUAAUGCAUCAAGCUUCGUUGUUAGGCGAAUCAAUUCAUGAAGCUCGAAGUUAUGGAUGGAACAUUCCAGAUCCUAUUUCAUUUAAUUGGGAAUCUUUAGUAGAAGCGGUCCAAAAUCAUAUUAAAUCUGUUAAUUGGGUUACAAGAGUACAAUUAAGAGACAAAAAAAUAGAGUAUGUUAAUGGUCAUGGUGUAUUUGAAGAUGCUCAUACGAUUAUAGCAAAGAUGAAAAAUGGUAAAGAACGAAGAAUAACAGCAAAGGAUAUUUUAAUAGCUGUUGGUGGACGUCCACGCUAUCCAGAAUUCCCAGGGUGUAAAGAAUAUUGUAUUACUAGUGAUGACCUUUUUUCAUUACCUACUGCACCAGGAAAUACUUUGGUUAUUGGUGCUGGAUAUAUUGGAUUAGAAUGUGCAGGAUUUUUAAAAGGAUUGGGAUAUGAAGCGACUGUUAUGGUUCGAUCUAUGCUUCUUAGAGGUUUUGAUAGGGAUAUGGUGAAUUUAGUUCAAGCUGAAAUGGAAGAUAAAGGUGUGAAAUUUCUUAUUGGAAAAAUACCUUCCAGAGUAUCAAAGCAGCCAAACGGCAAAUUAUUAGUUGAAUGGGAAGGUGAUGAAAAUGGGCAAGGGGAAUUUGAUACAGUUCUUGUAGCUGUAGGACGUAAAGCUUUAUCAGAAGAACUAAAUCCAUCUGCUGCUGGAUUAGAAAUUCAUCCAGAGUCCGGUAAAUUUAUUACUGUUGCUGAACAGACCAAUAUUCCAAAUAUAUAUGCAGUUGGUGAUGUAUUACACGGAAGACCAGAAUUAACGCCAGUAGCAAUUCAAGCUGGUAAAUUAUUGGCUGGACGAUUAUAUAAUGGCAUCCAAGAACAAAUGGAUUAUGAUAAUGUUGCUACAACCAUCUUCUCGCCUCUUGAGUAUGGUUGUGUUGGUCUCACAGAAGAAGAAGCGAUUAAUAGAUUUACUGAAGAUAAAAUUGAAGUGUAUCAUGCAUAUUAUAAGCCUACAGAGUUUUUUAUCCCUCAAAAAAAUGUCAAACAUUGUUAUUUAAAAGUUAUAACUCUUUUAGAAGCACCACAACAAGUAUUAGGUAUGCAUUUUAUUGGGCCUCAAGCCGGCGAAGUAAUCCAAGGAUAUGCUGCUGCUAUUAAGGCUGGAUUAACUUUUCAACAUUUAAAGGAUACUGUUGGGAUUCAUCCUACAAUAUCUGAAGAAUUUACUAGAGUGGGUAUCACUAAACGAUCAGGUGAUGAUCCAACUCCUCAAAGUUGUUGUAGUUAAAUUAAUUUAUUUUAUAGAAUUAAAAAUAUACAAUAAUUAUUUUAAAUAUAAUAAUUACUCAUCCAAUUUAUUCAUGUGGUGUAAAGGUAUUAAUUAUUAAUUAUAGUAUACAUAUUUGUACGAGUAUUGUACCAAUUAAAUGUUACUUUGGAAUUAAAUAUUAAUAAUUUUUUUAAUUGGUAA